AUGCUUGCAGGUAUAGUGGGACUUUUUGUCUAUACGCACUCUUCCAUCGUCGGAGCUCUGGCUGAGGUCCCAAGAGCCACCCCGUGCCCGAAAGUAGGCAACGAGACCACGUGCUCUUGCGACGUACAGGAGGGCAGGACAGGUGAGAAGCUGUUCUCCGCCGCCCUCUCGAGAGAGGCAAACGCGCUGGAGGUGGACUGCCAACGGGACUUGAUAUGUGCUCCGAAAGGGUUGGAAAAGAGCACUGUGUGCUCCGCGGAAGCUAGCAACUGGACAGCUUGCGACCUCGAUCUUAACAAGCUUCUCGCCAACAACACGGCGCAAGUAACAUGGACAGAAUGCGCAAAGAAAGACAAGAUAGCGGAAGGCCAGUGUAAGACCCUAUCUAUUCCACGCGAAAAUUUCCCGUACGCCGAUGAGCAGUUUACAGUCGGAUGUACCCAGGGUGAAAUUACCAAGUGCAAAGUGACAGUCUCGGUGACGGCAAGACCUUCCGUCACAGAAGGAGACACCGUCACGUGUGCCUACGGCGCCAGCAGCAAUCCCUCUCACCAAGCUGUGACUUUAAGUCCAUCCAAGAACAGCUUCACGCUGGUCUGUGGAGAGAAGGGAACGGUGUUGCCGACCAACUACCAGACGUCAUUUUGUUCCCCAGGGUCAGAGGACGCAAAGAAGUCUUGCGAAGGUGACUACCAGACUAUUCUCCCGGGAUACGAAGGGAACUGGUGGCACAGUGACAGCAAUGCCAAUACGUUCACUCUCUCGAUUCCAGCGGACAAAUUUCCGACCGAAGAAGCAAAGAUUAUGGUCGGGUGCCACCAGAAGCAGCAGCUGAGCGCAGAGCAAAAGAGCGCACAGGGCGCAUCGAGUCCCACGCUGGUGCCGUGGCCUUGGCGCACUCCGCGUGAGCUGAAUCCCGCUCUUGGAAUGAGGAGGCACUCCGUGAGGCUGCCUGAAACGUCUUUUUUGGAAGGUCAUGCUGAAGCGCUCGGCUGCGUGGCAAGCGAGAGCGAGACCGUAUGCACGUGCGACAAUAAAACCCAGCUGACAACUCCUCUGGUCGCAAGUCUCUCUGACAAGAGGAAUGUGCUCAACCUGGAGUGCAGAGAUGGACUGCAUUAUGCUCCAGAUGGACUAUCACGCAAGAAGGUGUGCGAUGCGAACUCUUCUACCCUCAAGUGUGGCGAAGAUAACGGCCCCCCAUGUAUGGACAUUGACGACCUCCUCGCAGGAUCCCCGACCAACGUCCAGUGGACGGAAGUUAAGAAGAAAGCAACGGGGCAACCCAAGAGCCUGACAAUCCCACCGGAAAACAUUCCCUAUAUUGAUGGGCACUUUGUGGUCGGCUGCUUGGACUCAGCGAGCAAUGAAACGCCCAAGUGCAAAGUCGCUGUGACGGUGGAGGCCAGAGCUAGUUUGACAGACGGUCAGACUGUCACGUGUGCCUACGGCGCCAGCAGCAAUCCCUCUCACCAAGCUGUGACUUUGAGUCCAUCCAAGAACAGCUUUACUUUGGUGUGCGGAGAGAAGGGAACGGUGUUGCCGACCAACUACCAGACGUCAUUUUGUUCCCCAGGGUCAGAGGACGCAAAGAAGUCUUGCGAAGGUGACUACCAGACUAUUCUUCCGGGAUACGAAGGAAAGUGGUGGGAGAAGCGCGAGGGUGCCGAAUCGUAUACUCUUUCCAUUCCGGUCGACAAGUUCCCGAAGGAGCAGGCGAGGAUUGUGGUCGGAUGCGAACAGAAGGACGAGAGAGCCAAUGUCAAGAACACAGCACCAAGUGGUAAAGGUCCUACUGUGUGCAGCGUAGAUGUGACCAUCGAGGCAGGCGCGUCUGCAUCCCCGUCGUCACUGCCGGCGUCGGCGGACGCGGUGCUUUCCGGGGCUGCUGCACUCGUCGGUCUCAUUCGUUCGUAA